AUGUCGUCCGGAUUGACUCCUGUCCUGACCAAGGAUGCCUGCCCUCCUUCUGGCCCAUACAGCCAGGCCAUCAAAGCCGCGGGUCAGAUCUGGGUCGCAGGCCAAAUCCCCGCCGACAGCACCGGCCAAUUAGUGUCGGGCUCCAUUGCACAGAAGACCGAGCAGUGCUGCAAGAACAUCAAAGCCAUCGUGGAGGCAGCGGGAAGUGAAAUGACCAAGGUUGUCAAAGUCAACAUCUUCUUGGCCGACAUGAAGUUCUUUGCUGAGAUGAACGGCGAGUACGAAAAAUGGUUCGGCCACAAGCCCGCAAGAAGCUGCGUGGCGGUCCGAGAAUUGCCCAAGGGAGUCGACGUCGAGAUUGAGGCCGUUGCGAUUCAAUGA